CAACAUGUGGAAGCAACAACUUGCGUUCGUUGUGUUGUUGGUGGUUGUGGAUUGCAGUGCUUCGUCACUGCGAGUGAAGCGUCAAUUUUUUGCACCCUCAGAGGAAUGCGUUAUAUCCUCUAGCGAAAUAGAUGAGCUAGUGCGGCUCACCAAGCUGAUCGAAGGUCGCAGAUCGUCACGGAAGCGCCCUGUCAGUCGAGAGCCCACCGUGACGAAUGCUUCGGACGAAUGUAGCCGUAAGCUUCGCGAGUUUAAAGCUUCUAUCGAGGCUGUACUUUCGCGGUACAGUACUAUGCAGAAAUCGUACAUCUCUGCCAACCAGUACGAACUACUGAAAGCACAGCAAGAAUCGGAGCUGACCGACCUGUUGCGGCGGGUGGACAAUUUUGAGCGUGAAGUUGAGCAGCGGUUUCUGGCAGAAAUUGAACGCUUGCGGAACAGUUUGCAGAAGCUGAAGCGACGACUGAAUGACAAUCUGCGCCUGUUGGAGCAGGAACGUGCUGCGGGUCGCCGAGCUCAGGAAGCCCUGUGUGUGGGAUAUAUUCAGGGCGAUAAGGUUGAGGAAGCGGCCAAGAUAUACCGCGCUUUAAAUGGAACCUAUGAUAUAGUGCGGCUCACUAAUGAUACGUAUGAGUUGGAUGGAAACAGUGUCGGUGCGCUGGUAGGUUUCUUCGAAGCGAUUCAGGACGAUGCACAGCAAUUUAGAACAAUUUCUGGCUACGAAGCCUUGCACGCGCAUCUCGAGCGCAAUAAUCAACUGGACCGGGAACGGAGUAGGAUCAUCUUUCACUCACUGGUUGGGUUGGAGCAUUUUUAUACCAAUCCAGUAGAUAUUGCACGAGUGCAGGAACUGAGAGUGAAAAUGAUAGACAAGUUGCAGUCUUUUGUCGGUAAAACAAAGUAG